AUGUAUAUAACAAGGUUUCGUACUAAAAGAAUAGCUGCUUAUAUAGGCAUUCCAUACGCACAGCCGCCAGUUGAUUUUAGACGAUUUACAGCUCCAGAAUAUACGGACUUACCCCAAUGGGAGGGUGUAAAGAAUGCUACAAUGUAUGCACCGGACUGCAUGCAAAGUGAUCCUAAAAAAGAAGAUGUACAAAAUCCUUUAAAUAAACACGAUGAAUUGUUUAUGGAUCUUCUGGAGUCUCAGAUGGAGGAACCAAGAAAGAAAGAAUUUUCUGAAGACUGCCUUUACUUGAAUGUAUACGUUCCAGAUGAUUUCAAAGUGGAGGGCUAUCCGACAAUGGUCUGGUUUCAUGGCGGCGAUUUUGUCCGAGGGAGCCCGAAUGCAAUUAAUCCGUUUCAACUUGUGCUAAAACAAAAGGUAAUUUUUAUUUCAGUGGCCUAUCGUCUAAACAUUUUUGGAUUUUUUUCGACGUUAGAUAAGGAAGCACCAGGAAAUUUUGGUUUAAUGGACCAAGUAGCAGCGUUGCAGUGGGUUAAAAACAAUAUUGAAAGUUUUGGUGGAGAUCCGGAAAAUGUCUGUAUUUUUGGUCAUGAUGCUGGUGCUGUAAGUGUGGGCUUACACUUAUUAUCGUCAUAUUCUUCCGGUUUAUUUCAAAAAGCAAUAGCCAUGAGUGGCAAUGUGCUAUCACCGGAUACGGUAAAUAUAGCGAGAAAAGAAAUAUCCACCGUUGAUAAAGUUGCUAAUGCUUUUAGCUGUUUUAGGAAACCUACAUUUCAAUUAUUAGACUGUUUAAGAAGAGUCAACUAUCAAGCACUUUUAGAUAUAGGAGAACCAAUUGCAGCUUGGAAACCUAUAGUUGAUAUAGGUUUUAGCAACAUUUCUUUACCGUUUUUAUCAGAUUUACCAAGCCAAUUGUUUAAAGAUGAAAUAUUUACACCAGUACCAGUUUUGACAGGUUACACGAAUAUGGAAGAUGCUUUACUAUUAGAAAAAGACGGUUCCGAAGAUUCCGGAGUUAGCCAGCGUGAAUUUGAUGUGAUGAGAGAAGAAAUUAUUCUUUCUGAUAUUACAGUUGACAACAGCUCGUGUUUUACAAAUCAACAUCAUAUUCAAGAUGCAGUGGCUUUUUUUUACAAACCGAUUCCUCCCACAUCAAACGAAACUGUACUAAGAAAACUCUUUUUGGAUUUUUAUACAGAUAAAGUACAUGGAGCUACUACAUAUGAAUUAGCUAAAUACCUUAGCAAGCACGCAUCAGUAUAUCUCUACAGAUUUGAUUUGAAACCAUUUUCGGAUAUAGCUAACGAGGGUGUUCCAGAUUGGAUCGCAGUUCCACAUAAUUUUGACUUAAUUUUCACAUUUGGAUUACCUCACCUAGCUCUGCCCGAAGAUUUAUCAAAAUGGGAUUACAGAGAUAAGAGCAUAUCAGAUAUAAUAAUGAAAAUGUGGAGUAAUUUUGCAUGGUAUUCGAAUCCAACGAAUUCCGGUGUUAUUAUACAAUGGGAUGCAUUUGAAAUUGAAAAACCCGGAUUUUUCAUCAUAGACAGACAGAAUUUCACAAUGAGUACGCCAGAUAAUGUUAAUUACAAGGCAUUCGAAUUUUGGACCGAUUUCUAUCCUAAAGUGGUUGAAAUAGGUACGAAAUGUUGCAAAGAAAUAAUUGACGAUAAUGGAACGGAAUCAAACUUUAGAAGACUUUCAUUACAUCUUGUUUUAAUACACUUCGUUUUAAGUAUUUUAUUUUAA